UAAAUUUACAAAAUUAUAUUAAAUGAUUGUGUUUUUUAAACACGAUACAAUAUUUUCGUUUUGUUUACGUGCAAAAAUUCAUGUAUCUACGAAGAAUAUAUUUCAUAAUUUGCAAAAUAGUACAAGGAGAUGCAAGUUGGAACGUAUGUAUCUUAACAGAAUUUCUGCGAAUCCGGAUAUUACAAGAUUUACCUACAUUACAGGAUGCACUUCUUGCGUGAUAUGACGUCACUUCCAUAACUACACUAUCAUGACGAGGUUAGACGCGAAGCGGGUAGUGUAUAAUAUAUCAUCGCGAAAGAAAGGUAAUUGUUAAUUUAAAAGUUGUCAAGCUGAAUUAUUAAAAAGAUCAACCGUGUCUACCAUGACGUAAAUGAAGUAACUAUUAUAGUGAGAUAACAAUCUCCGAUAAACAUGGGAAAUCCAAGUGAAGCAGAAACCACAAAUCCUGAGAAUUCUUCAAAUCUUCCUACCAUCGACGGAAGUGAAGUAGUGUUAAAUUUAACUACUACAGUUACAGAGACAAGAACCGAAAGCGAAAUCUCGACUAUAGAUUCUCAACAGACUUUGCAAAUUAAUGAAGACAGUGGAAAUGAAGCAGAAACUGUGACUGAAAACAAUGUUAGAAAUAAUAAUGAAAGUGUUACAGAUGAAAGGACAAGAACAAGUACAGAAAACAGGAGGCUUCGUCUUGGGACAUGGCCUCAUCAGAUGUCCUCUUUGCUAGCUUGUUUAUGCUGUACAGUGGGAAUGUACAAUAUCAACAGGUUUUCGAUCUUAGUCUACGUAUAUAAAGUAACUUUCAUAUUCCAAUAUAUUAUCCUAUCAUUUAUUUUUGGAAUACCGUUUCUAUACUUACAAAUGGCUUUGGGACAAUAUAUGGGAACAGGAAUCAUAGACAUGUGGUAUAUAUCUCCAGCAUUUAAAGGUUUAGGUGUAGCAUUUGUUUUCAUGUUCUUUUUCAUUGGAGUAUAUGGUGCUAUUCCUAUUUCCUGGCUCUUUGUAUAUUUCAAGGAUUCCUUUGUAAAUACAAAAGAUAAUUAUCGUUGGACCAAAUGUCAAGCUUCUUUUGGCUCAACAUCUUGCCUUUAUGCUCUAAAUGUAUCUUCUCCAGAUUAUUAUGGCUGGAGUGUUGCAUCAUAUUUUCAUGGCCAUGUAUUAGACAGAAAACCUAAUGAUUAUGGAUUUGGUCAACUAAAAUUUGAAGUUGCAUUUGAUCUCUGUAUAGUGUGGCUGAUUGUGUUUUUAUCAUUAUGUCGAGGCCCAAAAUCAUUGGGAAAGGUUGUUUUAAUUUUGGGUAUUAUGCCUUCUAUACUGUUACUUCUUGUCACUAUGAGAAUAAUAGAACAAUGGGGUGAAGGGAUUAUGGAAAUCCUUCCGUCUUCAUGGAAAGUUUCCAUGACUGAUUCUCAAUCAUGGUUAAUUGCUGCAAGAGAAGUUUUCUUAACAUGGGGAUUGUUUGGUGCUGUUGCAUUACAGUUGUGUAGUCACAAUAAAUUUACUGCCAAAAUUAACAAGUAAGAAACUCUGUUAAUU